ACCGAAGAUAAAGGAACCAGACGAAGGAAAGGGGCGAAGUGGUUGAAGAAGCUACUGAUGGAUCUACAGCUGGAAGAGCUGCAAUCCUUGUCGGCGGCGGACGUGCUCCGGGAAUCGGUGGCGGUACCGCGCGCCGCCCCGCGCACCUUCGCCGCCCUCACCCUUGCCCUCGUCUUCCCCUUCUCCUUCGCGGUCCUCGCUCACUCCCUCUUCACCCACCCCCUCCUCCUCCACCUCCGCCACAACCCCUCCUCCGCCGCCGCCGACUGGAUCCUCCUCCUCCUAUACCUCUUCCUCUAUCUCCUCUUCCUCUUCACCUUCUCUCUGCUCUCCACCGCUGCAGUCGUCUUCACCGUCGCCUCCCUCUACGCUGCCAAGCCCGUUUCCUUCGCCUCCUCCCUCUCCGCCGUCCGCCCCAUCUUCCCUCGCCUCUUCCGCACCUUCCUAUGGGUCGCCCUCCUCAUGCUCGUCUACAAUCUCGCACUCGUCCUCGCCCUCCUCCCUCUUCUCCUCGCUCCCUCAUCCCCCCUGGUUAUCAUCCUCAUCGCCCUCGUCCUCCUCGUAUUCCUCGCCGCCCACGUCUACAUCUCCGCACUGUGGCACCUCGCCAGCGUCGUCUCCGUCCUCGAGCCCCUCUGCGGCCUCGCGGCUAUGGCCAAGAGCCGCGACCUCCUCCGCGGCCGUGUCCGCAUGGCGGCCGUCCUUGUCGUCGCCUACCUCACCGCGUGUGGUCUGGUCGGAAUUAUCUUCCGUGCUGUCGUUGUGAAGGGCCCCCGCGAGGAGGGCAGCCUUGGCGUCACUAGCGUCUCCACCAAGGUUCUUAUCGGCGGCGCCCUUGUGGCCGUGCUUGUUGUUGUGAACCUCGUCGGCCUGCUCGUGCAGAGCGUCUUCUACUAUGUCUGCAAGAGUUACCACCACCAGCAGAUCGACAAGAGUGCCCUGUAUGACCACUUGGGCGAGUAUCUCGGUGAGUACGUGCCGCUCAAAAGCUCCAUCCAAUUGGAAAACCUGUGAAAACCAGAUGAGUUGCUAUGUACUUUCAAUCUUCAUCUUUCUCAUUCCAUCGUUUUGCCUGUUCUCACUCUUGAAAAAUAAUGUAGAGACAUGGUAUUCCUGAUAAUGUAACUAUUGGGUUGCUAUUUAACUUCUAGCUGUAAAUUUCUUAUCGUCCAUA